UUAGCCCUUCACUUAGGUGCUUUCAGAACUGAAGCAAACUUUGAGAUUCAUAUUAGUCAUUCAUUCUUUUCUACAAGUAACCUCAGAAGCCAUGGGUAUCCGAUUGCCUGGAAUUGUUCAUGCAAAAGCAAUUCUUCGACGUUCUCUUAUUUCACCUUCUGCACCAACCGCUAAUGUUCCCAAGGGCCACUUUGCAGUCUAUGUGGGUGAGGCUCAAAAAAAGAGGUUCAUUGUUCCAAUAUCCUACUUGAGCCACCCUUCCUUCCAAGAUUUGUUAGGCCAGGCAGAGGAAGAGUUUGGAUUCCACCAUCCAAUGGGUGGUCUUACAAUUCCUUGCAAAGAAGAUCAAUUUCUCGACCUUACUUCUCGUUUGAGUGGCUAGUGAUCAUGAGAGGAGAGGAAUGCAGGAGCCUCAAAUGAAGUGAAGAGGUCAAUCAAGAGAAUUAACAGAUCUGCACCUUGGUUGACAUUCUCUGCUGCAACAUCGCCAGAUUGCAAGUUUAAACCACACUGGUGACUGGUUAGUGGUUACAAACAAGUGGGGAGGCAAUAUAUUUCAAAGCUGCUGAAUGGAGAAAGAACUGGUAUUCAAGCUUUAAUUUUCUCUGGUUUGCAGAGAAUGGGAAGAUGAUGCUCAAAGCUACAGGGAAAGCACAUUGACAUUGUAAUCAAUCUCUUCAACUUUGUAAAGGAUCUGCUAGCCACUCCAAUGUAUAAUUUUAUUUUUGUACA